CGAAACUCUCACGGCCGCCAUGAUGCUUGUUUGCCUUCAGUGAGAAAGAGCAGCGGAUCAGAAACAAAGGAAACGCGCACUCGUCUUUGUGAAUUGGUAUGAGCUUACAGUGUUACAGGGAUGCCCAAGGAAAAAUAUGAUCCGCCAGACCCAAGGCGGAUGUACACAAUAAUGUCAAGCGAGGAGGCGGCCAAUGGGAAGAAGUCAUAUUGGGCAGAGCUGGAGAUUGUUGGGAAAGUGAGGAGUUUGAGUUCAUCAUUAUGGUCCCUCACCCACCUCACUGCGCUUCAUAUCAGUGAUAACUCACUGUCACGUAUCCCGCCCGACAUUGCCAAACUACACAACUUGGUGUACCUGGACCUCUCGUCCAAUAAGAUCAGGAGCCUGCCCGCCGAACUAGGCAACAUGGUAUCUCUCAGGGAACUGCUUUUAAAUAACAACCAGUUACGAGUUCUGCCUUUUGAGCUUGGAAAACUCUUUCAGUUACAAACAUUGGGGUUAAAAGGAAACCCUCUUGCACAAGAAAUCAUGAGCCUCUACCAAGAGCCCGAUGGGACACGCCGGCUCCUGAACUACCUGCUGGACAAUCUCGCAGGCACCAAACGCGUAUCAAUAGAACAGCCACCGCCUCGCUCGUGGAUGGCACUGCAGGAGCCAGAUAGGACGCGGCCAGCAGUUCUGUUCUCUGUAAUGUGCUACAACGUGCUGUGUGAUAAAUAUGCAACGCGUCAGCUCUACGGCUAUUGUCCUUCCUGGGCCCUCAACUGGGAAUACAGGAAGAAGGCUAUCAUGCAGGAGAUCCUUAGCUGCGGCGCAGACAUCAUCAGCUUACAGGAAGUGGAAACCGAGCAGUACUACAACUACUUUCUGGUGGAGCUUAAAGAACAGGGUUAUGAAGGAUUCUUUAGCCCCAAGUCGCGAGCCAGAACAAUGUCGGAGUGCGAUCGCAAACAUGUGGACGGCUGCGCUGUCUUCUACAAAACCGAUAAGUUCAGUCUGGUGCAGAAACACACAGUUGAGUUCAAUCAGCUGGCUAUGGCGAACUCGGAGGGAUCAGAGGCCAUGUUAAACAGGGUGAUGACCAAGGACAACAUCGGCGUUGCUGUACUGCUAGAGAUACGGAAAGAGACGAUGGAGCAGUCUGCUGGCAAGCCACUGCAUGGCAUGGAGAAACAGCUCCUACUAGUGGCCAAUGCCCACAUGCACUGGGACCCAGAGUACUCUGAUGUGAAACUAGUGCAGACCAUGAUGUUCCUGUCUGAGGUGAAAAACAUCGUGGACAAAGCCACCCGCAGCCUGAAGCUCUCCUCCGUCUCCGGAGAAACCAACGCCGUCCCCCUCGUCCUGUGCGCUGACCUCAACUCUCUACCUGAUUCAGGUGUGGUGGAGUACCUGAGCACAGGCGGUGUGGACAGCACACACAAAGACUUCAAAGAGCUGCGAUACAUAGACAGCUUGACCAACUUCAACUGUAAUGGAAAGAACGGCACAUCCAGCACCAGGAUCACGCACGGGUUUAAGCUGAAGAGCGCUUAUGAGAACGGCCUGAUGCCUUACACAAACUACACAUAUGACUUUAAGGGCAUCAUCGAUUACAUCUUCUACUCUCAACCGUUGCUCAACGUGCUGGGCGUGCUCGGUCCACUGGAUCCCCACUGGCUCCAUGAGAACAGUAUCACUGGUUGCCCCCAUCCCAACAUUCCCUCCGAUCACUUCUCCCUCUUUGCACAACUGGAGCUACUCCUGCCCUAUCCGCCUGCCGUCAACGGCAUUCACCUGCCUGUCCGCAGGUAGUUCUCCGAGCCAGCAGGGGGAGCUCAACCCUGCGUUUCCUUUUUCUCUCUCUCGCAUCGGAGAAAGAAAAGAUGCAGGGGCCGUUGUGUAUAAAUCCGAAGAGGAGACGAUGGGGUAUCUCAAACUUUUAUUCCCAUGGAUUUUAACCGAAGCAGACGCAAAUGUCAAUCUUAUCUAUACCACCACCCACCUGCUUUAGUUUUCACGUUUUUCCCUCUCUGCGUUUCUGGGCACAAGGUCACGUUGUGUACUUUUUCAGACUGCGUACGAAACCCUAAGGGCCCUGAGCGAUCAUGUAAGUUUUACCUUAAGACAAAAGUCGAAGCUUUUUUUAUAUAAUUACAAGGCAAUAUCUUUGAAACACGUGCAGGGAGUCCAGAAUCAAGUUCAGAUCAUGACACUCAUAAUUUGGCCAGUUUAGAAGAGAGCAGCUUAGUUUGACCGAAACAAAUUUCACCAGCUUAGGAGCAACCCUUUAUCCAAGGGCUUCGUGUAACGAGAGCUGGCCAAACUCUCACACUUGCACUCCGUGGUGCUGUGGCCUCUCUAUGGGCGUCCUGCCUGUUCUCUAGCUGUACACCAGUAAUACCAGCGGGUCACCGUCGCCACCUCGUGGGCCUUGUCCAUCUUAUCAUUUCUAAAGAGUUAGGUCGUGUAACGAUGAUGCUUUAAAAAAAGAGCCAAAAUGGCGUGCGGUUUCAUGUGCCAAUGAGCCCUUAUUGAGAUCUGGUGUGUACAGCUAAGAGAGAAGGAUGAUUCGAAACGGGCAUAUGCCCUGGAGUGCUGGUCCCAGACCUGUUGAGUCAUGUUAAGAGGCGCAGAUAUAGAUAAGCACAUCAUCCCAUGCAUGGACGAAUAAAUGAACGCAUCAAUGUGGCCAGUAGAUUAAUUUUUUUUCUCACUCCCAAUUUGUUUCUUUCAUGAUUGUAUACAAGCAAAAGUCCUAAACUAGUGUAUUUUGUUUCUAUUUUUUUUAUAUGUACACAAUUUGGAUAAAAAAAAUGAUUGUAUUGUAAAUGAAAACAAAAUUUUUAUCCGUUUUAGAUGUUCAUCCUUAUGAGCAUCCAAAGACCAGCGUGUGUAAUAUAAAUUUAUUUUCAGGUUUCUGCUGUGUAAAGUUGCACUUGUCGAGGUUUCUUAUCCCUCCUCCUCCUCCUCCGCAGCCCCCCAGUGUACCGAUAUCAUAUUACUUCCUUUGUUAUUCUACUGAGGCGGAUAUCUAGUGAUGUGGUCCCCGCUUUGAUAUUCGAAAACAUGUGUGCCUCACUGAUUUGUUACUCUUUAAGCGCACUGCCAGUGCUAUCAGUGAAUCAAUCUCUUUGUAUGCGUUCACCAUCGUUUCGUUCGGGUGUUACGUUAUUCUUUUAGCUGCUGUCAUUUUAAGAAAUCCCAUCAUGCUCAUCCCUGUCGACUCAGGCGAUUCACUUUAAUGGUAUAUAUUUCUUUGACUCCUGUGUCAUUUCUGUUCGACCACGGUUAUCUCCUCUUGUGUUGUGCCAUUUAAUGCAUUCAGCCACAAGGCCAAGUGUAAAGCUAGAUUUACUACUGUAAAAUCACUCUGACCUUGUAAAAAAAAACAAAGAAACGCAAGGCCCGAGUGUCAUUUCAGUAAAGUGGUCUCAUUUUAAUUUCGAAGACCGUUUGUUUAUUUUCCCCUCUCUCUCUUUUGAUUUGUCAUGUUUUAAAAAUGAAAUGGAUUGACAAGCACUUAUUGUAGAUCACUGGUGCAGCUACUCAUUGCUUUUUUAAAUGAAAACACGCUUUUGCCGUAAGGCAGGGGUCAAUUUUAAUGACUUUUAUUAAGCAAGAGUAAAUGGGGGGUGAACUGGGGUGGACCAUCUUAUAGUUCUCCAUUUUGGUGUCCCUUUUUUAUUCCACGCAUUGUCUGUCUAUAAAUUUGUUUUUGUUAUUUCUUCUGGUUGUUUUAAUUGAAAGCAACUUGUCUGGUUAUAUUGGAUUGCUGAUGGUGUUGUAGUAAAAAGAUUUUUGUGAAGUGUGAAUAAAUAAUGUAUCACGUUUCCUUUCUUUGAACUGAAUUGUGUUGUUGUGUGUAUUAUGAUGGAUAUCUUAAUAGUUUUGUCGUUUUCGUUUGCUUUUUUGUAAUACUCCAAACCAAAUUUUUUGUAAAAAUGUUGGCACACUGAAUUAUACAUUUAUAUUGUUGCUAACCUUCACGUCGAGAUGAUACUUUUAAGAAAAAAAUACAAAAAUGAAAUCCUAGAGAAGUAGACAGCUGUCGUUUUGUCACCAAACAACAACAAAAUAUCUUUGGAACUUUUGUGGCGUUUCACCGGAGCUGGUUAGUUUAAUGCUUACACAUGUGUUUCGGUUAUGGAAAUCAGACUUUUCUAUCUUUUCUUCUUACCUUCUCUGUGAUUUCUUUCUCUUUGGAAGAAAGUGAGGUUUAGGGUAGGAUGAGAUUAAGGAGUCGUUUACUUGCCUUCCUGUGUUUCUUCUUCAACGGUCACUUUUAAUAAAUUGUGCAUGUUUUGAUAUUGUUGCCAUUGCCAUGUUUAUUUUCUUUAAGUGUAAUGCAAUGGUUUCAGGUGGUGUCUUGUGCACGACAAGCAAAAUUAGCGUAAAGCUCAUCAUCACAGCCAGAAUAUUCAAAACUUGGCAAUAAUGACUUUUGCAACCUGUCCCCCCCAUUUCAGAUCAACUGCGUGCGCAAAUGUUUUUGGCUUAACCAUAGAAAUACUUUGUUUUCUCUUCCUGUUUCAUAGUCUGCUUUUCUCUGUCAAGUAGGGGUAGUAGUACAAUGGUCAGGAUUGUGUUUGAAUCAGCUGAGAGUCAAUGAGUAUUUAGGUAAUGUCACUAAAAUGCACUGGACCAACUCUUGUUUACCAUUUAUGGAAUACCAGCAUAACACUUGCACAAUGUUUUAAAAGAAUGUUGCGUAUAUAUAUAAUUAUAUAUAUCUAUAAGGUAAAAUAAUAGAUAUUUGAGAAAAAUCAAAAAUGGCAGCUGUUUUUAAUUCAACAUUAAGAGUGUUGGGGAUUAUAGCCUGAUGGUAAACAAGGCGUUUUGGCUUUCACUGUUUCUCCAGUUCUCUUGGUUCUCUGAGUAGUGAUGUGUUUAUAACAGGGUCAGCUUGUUUCCUUUACACCUAUGUAUUUUUUCCUACUCAUGGUAAAUAAAUUCUAUAUCUGUUUCA